AAUUUGGGGAUCAGUGGUGGAUUCAGAGUAUUGAGGGUUUGUGUGACAUGAAUCAUGGUGUCUCCAAAGCAUCUAGAAUUCUCUUCCUCUGGUGGUGCUGACGACUCUGACGACACCUUCUCCCGACAAAAAUCACCGGUGAGUCCUCAUUCCUCAAAGCGUGCUGCUUCCGUCGCAGAAGAAGAGACUAAGCAGAAGAAGAAACAUAAGAUGAAGAAGAAGAUUAAGAAGAAGACGACGACGACGACACAAUUGGGUUCGCCUUUGUUCACCCGGAUCUGGAACGAAGAAGAUGAACUCGUCGUCUUAAAGGGGUUAGUUGAUUACAGAGCUAAGACAGGAUUCCAAAGCAAGAUUGAUUGGGAUGCGUUUUAUCGUUUUCUUGCAGUUUCAAUCGUUUCGAAAUACGCUAAGGAUCAGGUUUUGAGUAAGAUUAGGAAGUUGAAAUCGAGGUUUCUUGUUCAUUUGGAGAGAAUCAAUCAAGGGAGUGAUCCCAAGUUUACUAGGGCUAGUGAUUCUGAGGCCUUUGGGUUUUCAAUGAUGCUUUGGGGACAAAAUGAAGCUAAUGACGAUGGAAUGGAUAAAGAGCAGGAGGAACCUUUGAAUGAAAAUGGGGCACCGGACAACAACGGGGCUGCUCGAGUAGAACAGCAGAGGGAGAAUGGGGAGGAGAUGUUGAAGGAGAACGAGGAAGUGGCUAAUACUGAACCUUUAAAUGAGAAUGGGGCAGUCAAAGUGAAGGAGAACGGGACUGCUGAUGGGAAAGAGAGUCAUGACGGCGAUGGGGAUGAUGAGUUAUACGCUGUGAGAGACGCGUUUGAGACUGUUAUGUCGCAAGGUUUAAGUGAUUAUCAAAAGAAGCUGCAGCUUAAGAAGUUGAUGAACAUUGGAAAUGGUAAAAGAAGAGAAUUGAGCGAUGAAUGGAAAGCGUUAUGUGUUGAGGAAAGAAGAUUGAAUAUCAAGAAGCUUAGGUUUUCAGCUAAGCUUGCAGAGGCAGCAAAUGAAUAGUUAGAUGAAACCAAGAAGCUCUUGUGAGGAUUAGUGCUGUUUAGUUUCUUUCUUAGUAGUCAUAAGUUUUGGACUGUUCAGUGUAGUUAUCUUUGGAUGCUGUCUUUCUUUGUUGGUAGUCCCUAGUUUUUCCUCAAGUA